UGCCACACUGGUCCGGCGAUCUCCGUCACGAUAAUGUGACUCUUGUCUUUUCCUAUAUAGCCCUCAUUCCUCAAGAUGAACCAAGAACUUUCACUGCGUCGUGGAUCAAUGCUCUCUCAUGUUGGAAGGGCCACGCUAUCUAAUAUCACAGAGGUUGCGCUGCUAUAUUCUUAGUUUUCUUCCAUUUAAUGAAAUUUUACACUGUACAUCAACUUGCCAAACGAUGCGCACGACAGUCGAAAACUCUAUGGAGCUGCAGUAUGCCCUUGAACUUGGUGCAGGUUCAUCCACGGCCACCUAAUGUUUUUUAUAGCAGAGUGCUUGCGUAUACUGAAAGAGAAGGCAAACACAUGGAGUUCCUUCAAGCCCAAUGUGAUGACUUCGUUCUGUCUGGCCCCCAUUCGUCGUCCAUCGCCUAUCGACAACUCGGCCUUACUUGGUAUUUCCCCGGCACUUCCUCAUACAAGGCAGUCUUAUCUGAAGUUGUCGAUACCGAGACCUGUCCAUCUGAGCCGUCGAACAGGUCUUUGUGUACAUGGAACAAAUAUGAUCUAGUUCCUAGAAUCAAAACUCCUGGUAAUGACUACAUAGAUGAGACACGCGACCUUUACGUGACCAUUGACAUAUUGGAGACUCACCAACGAAACUCCAAAUUCAAAAUCAAUUUCCGCCAGUUAUCUACGGGCGAGGAACACCCUUUUGACCAUGAAUCCCAGCUAGUCACUGUCAUUAGACCGACCUCGUAGUGAGCAACUCUCAUCACGGGUAAAUGUGCGUCAUGAUGCGUUGAGCCGAUGUCCUCGGAGACCGUGUUACUCUCUAUGGCGUAGCUGUCGUUAAAGAUGGUUACCAAAUACUGGUCGCUUCAUGUAUGGGAUUGGCAUCAAG